AUCAUGAUAUUGUGGAUUUGACGGCUCCUAUAUAAAGCUCAACGCGCCUCCAUAGCUAAUAAAUUUCACUUGGUAGAAUUGGAAAGAGGUUCGAGGAAGUUGACAGAAGCUUUUUGUAAAGAAUAAACUAGUUGUCAUCCGCUGAUUUCGCGAGAAUCGAACUCAAGAUGUCGUUGACAGUGAAAGCCUUUUUGAUGAAAGAUGGUAACGAGAAGGCCGAGAUCAGGCGCUUCACGGUCCCGACCGACGUAUCGAGCAGCUUUGAUUACCUGCAGAAAAAGAUUGCCGACAUUUUCCCAGGACUUGCCCGUGGCAAUUUUUCCUUGUAUUGGAAAGAUGAGGAUGGAGAUUUGAUUGCCUUCUCUACCGGAGAGGAACUGCUUGAGGCUUUGGGAUUUGUCGAGAAUGGUCUUUUCCGUGUUUAUGUUAAACCUACUUCCCAGUCCACUGGCAGACCCAGUGGAAAUGCCCCACCCCAGGAACACCCUCGCAUCAUAUGUGACGGUUGUGAUGGAAAAGUGAUUGGAAAGAGGUACAAAUGUACUACCUGUCCGGAUUAUGACCUGUGUGAGUCCUGUGAGUCCAAGGGUAUCCACUCGGAGCAUAACUUCAUUAUGUAUGAAACCCCUGUCCAGUCAGGAUUUGGUUUCCCCUUCUGGGGGCCCCAGAGACCUCAGGGACCUUGUGGACCCCACGGACCUCAAGGUCAAGGACCUCCAUGUGCUCCACCCCAUUUCUUCCGCUGGAUGGAGAGAAUGGCAAGAAGACAGCAGAAUAGACAGAAUGCCGGAUGUCCCUGGAGUGGGCAGAAGGAAUACGAGGCUCCCGUUCCAGAUGAGACCAACCCUGAAGCCUUCCUACAGUCUGUUGGUCAGUCAGUGGCUGACAUGUUGGAUCCAUUUGGAAUAGAUGUUCAAGUGGAUGUGGAACACGGUGGAAGGAGACGCUGCGCCCGGGGACAAGGCAGUGGAUGUAGAGGGAAGAAAGGCUGGAAAUGUGGACAAGGGAAAUGUGGAAAGAAAGAAAACCAGGAGGAGAAAAUGGAAUCUGACAAACCGGAGGCUGAGCCAGAGGUCCAGAAGACACCAGAGGAACCGACUCCCAUGGCCACAGACAAUGCCGACAAGCCAGAGACUGACGGUCCACCCACCAGCAGUGGGAAUAAGACUGACGCUGAUGUCAACAAAGACACCACAGAGACUGUCAACAAGGACUUUGAGGCCUGGACCCUCCUGGAGGAUGGCAAUGGGUCGGGAAGAACCCCUACCCCUCAGGCCACUGCCCCCAUGCAGGCCCCUCCUGCUGUUCAGCUGAUCUAUCCUCCCACAGAUCCUAAGAUUGCCACUGCCCUGCAGCAGAUGCUGGGAAUGGGUUUCCAUAACGAGGGUGGAUGGUUACAGCGCCUUCUGGAGGAGAAAGAGGGCAACAUCAGCCAAGUGCUGGACGCCAUUCAGAACAGGGCAAAGGUCACCCCGGAUGGAAGCUACAUGGCUUGAGCAUCUUUGAAUUAACCAACCAGUUAACAUUUUUUCUUUUUUUUUUUUGAUAUUUGAAAAACUCAACUUUAUAGGUCUUUGUAAUGUUACUUACAUGAAUGUUGCUCUAUAUUUUUAGUGUACAUUGUAUUAACAUAUAUGGUGCAUGGUUAAACACUUGUUUGUUUUUGUUGCAUUGAUUUUUUCAAUCGUGUAUAACUUUUUUAUGCUAAAAACAUCAGCUUUAAAUUUAAAAUAGAAUGUAUGAUAUACAUGUAUUAAUAAGGAAGAAGUUUUGAAAUUUGUUGGAAAUGACACCAUGGUACUACAUGUAAUGAAAUUCAAUUGAGUGUUUAAUAAUGGGGAUUAAAGAUAAUAAAACACUGCAGUUCUAAGUAUUGUGUCAUAUAUGAGGUAAAUUGUGUGAUCAAAUUAACAUUUCUGUGAAUAAAUAUUUUCUUUCCCUAUAAA